UUAAACGUUUCAUUCUUUUUUGGCAAAUUCUGCCUUCUCUGCUCUUCUUUGCUUGUAAACUCAAAUCUGUAAAAAAUUGGCACAAUGAGCUGGAGAUAUAAAGGCGGGUUGAUUCUAAUUAUAACUGUUGUGAUCAUGUGGGUCACUUCUGCAGAAGUCACUCAGGGUGUUUUCAAGGACUAUAAGCAGCCAUUCGCAGUGACCUAUCUCGGGACUUCACUCUUGGCAUUCUAUCUUCCCAUAGCAUUCUUCAAGGACUGGUUACUGAAGUCCCUAAAGUCCCGCACUAGUGAAAGUGGCGAUAGUGCGGAGACAGUAGAUGCAAUCUGCGCAGCUCCAGAUUCUCCUGGCAAAAAUAAUGGGAAGCAGAGUAAUAUGGAAAUGGAAAAUCAAGGAAAUUUGACUGUGGUGGAUUCAACGGGCAAAGAACUUCAUUUACUCGAAGAAGGAAAGGCCUUUGUUUUAGAAGCAGAAGAUGGUGACAUUGCCAAGCAAGAGGAGAAGAUGAACAGCAAGCAAAUUCUCAAAGUCGCCUGCACCCUUGCGCCUAUUUGGUUUGUGUCUGAGUAUUUCAUGAAUGCUGCACUCGCACGAACAAGCGUUGCCAGCACUACGAUUUUGUUCUCGACAUCGGGACUUUUCACCCUUCUGAUUGGUGCAUUUCUAGGACAGGAAUCCAUAUGUGUAGUAAAAGUAAUCUCGGUCGUUAUCAGUAUAGCCGGAGUCGCCAUGACUACACUAGGGAAGACUUCAAGUACCGAUCAAUCACAAACCAACACAACUGUAACCUACUCUCUUCUAGGAAAUCUUUUCGCGAUUCUCUCAGCUGCAACUGAUGGACUAUUUGCUGUGCUUCUGAAGAAGUACGCUGGAGAAGAAGGAAAAAGGGUGGACAUGCAAAAGUUAUUCGGUUGUAUCGGACUAUUCUCGCUUCUUGCACUUUGGUGGUUUGUUUGGCCUCUCAUUGCUUUAGACAUAGAGCCGAAAUUUGCCUUUCCUCAGUCUGUGGCCGUGGGUGGAGUUGUUCUCGCCAACUGCUUCGUCGGAAGUUUCCUCUCUGAUUAUUUCUGGGCGCUUGGUGUUGUCUGGACCACUCCUCUCGUGGCGUCGCUAGGCGCCUCCCUCACGAUACCCUUUGCCAUGUUGGAAGACAUCCUAAUACACGGCCGGCGGUUUUCGCUGAUUUACAUUCUUGGCUCGGUCCAGGUAUUCCUGGGAUUCGUAUUGGUUAACUCUUCAGAUUGGUUCUCACCAAAAUUGGCAUUGCAAUUUUUCCAUUCAUUGAAAUAAUUCUGUACAUGUGUACAUCUGAGAUACUCCGGAUCGAGAAUAGAUACAGAUGAAUCCAUUGCUUA